UGUUGUGUAUGUUGUGAGGAUUUUUGUCGGCCUGAUCUGCCUUUGAAAAGCACGUGUUGUUUGGAGUGGCCGUGGCUGGACCCAGGUGUUAGAAAAUAGACACAGCUCUAAAGACUAAGUUUCGAAUCGGGGAACUGCACAGUUAUUAUUUAGGCGAUGGCAAGCGCGACGAGACCUAUGGUGCUGAUCAGGAACUUAGCAAGAAUCAACUAUGAUCAGGCGCUAGGCAUCCAGGAGUCGAUGGUGAACAAAGUGAUUGGAGAAAUGGGACAGAGCAGUGCAUGUGACACGAAAACACAGAAUACUCUACUGCUGUGUGAGCACAAUCCAGUUUACACCAACGGUCGGCGAGCUAAGGAUCUGGACAAUGAGCAGUUGCGCAAUCGCUUCAAGGACAUCGGCGCUGACUACUUCCAGGUUGACCGUGGUGGUCUGAUCACUUUCCACGGUCCUGGGCAGCUGGUCUGUUAUCCCAUCUUCAACCUACAUCAAUUCAAGCCAAGUCUCAAGUGGUACGUACACACGCUGGAGGAGGUCAUCAUCGAGACGUGCCGCAAGUUCGGUGUGGAGACUCGUCGCACUCCGGACACUGGCAUCUGGGUCGGCAACAACAAAGUCUGUGCCAUGGGCAUACAGUCGACUCGCUAUGUGACCAUGCAUGGUCUAGCAUUGAACUGCAACACCGACUUGAAGUGGUUCACUAACAUUGUCCCGUGUGGCCUACAUGGCAAGGGCGUUACGUCUCUCACCGAGCUCACUGGCAAAGAAGUCACCAUUGAGGAUGCCAUGGAGCCGUUCCUAUCGUCCUUCAAGAGUGUCUUCCAAUGCCAGCUCAUCAAAGAUGACGAUUCAGGCAAGAAUUCCUGAUCACAGCUGGCCGGUCUUUAAAUUUUUUUAUUCAUGUCCGUCCCAUAGUGCCAUUGCAGCAAGCCUGAUCAUACCUCAUGCUAGGGUAGGCUAGGUCCUGGAUGGUGUGCACUGGCAAGCAUUACUACACCAACUUGACCUGGUCAUGAGUACCUGCACCAUGUUAAGCUUGCUGCCAUCUGAGUGUGCCAAACUGAUGACUUCCGAUGUGGCGCAUGCCAUCUCUGUUGGUAAAAAGCAGCUUGGCGUCAUGUCAGCAUUGCCACCUGCUGGGCAUCUGCUUGGACAGUUAUCAGCGCCAACACUUCGCUGAGCAAGGCGAGAAAUCAGAACAACAAUUUUCCUGUGGACUCAACUCCCCAGCGUUCUUUGGACGUCUCUACAGCGCCGCCACAGUCUGUAGUGCUGUUGAACACGCUGUGUGUGGCGAGUACAGUGAUUGGUACUCACCCCGGAUCAUUACCACGCAUUACAGCGCCAGUAGUGGGUAUGCAAGGCUACCAAGUCAUGAGCACAUCUGUGCAACGAUGAUAAGCCAGACAGCCAGCGUGAUGUUUGCUCCUGUCGCCUGUCCACGCCGGUAACAAUAUGGCGCAGUGCUGCUGCCCUCGUGGCUGACUUAACUCUGCAGCUAUUCCUCUCCCACUGGGAUUUAUCCAUUUUCUGGUGAUUUGCACGAAUCCGAAUGCCAUGAAGCUCAGAAUCACUACUGAUCCAACCCAAUUGUGAACUGGCGUAUCUUAAUAUUCUAUGUUGACUUAUUUUUUUGCCUUCUCCUUAUCAGAUUCUCAUCUUAUCAUGUGACACCACUAAGAGCAAUGAGCUGAUGCUACCACAUGCUCAGUGCAACUGGUAUCUUUUCA